UGGAGGUGAAGGCGAUCGGUGGUGGUUGAGUUCGCGAGUGGUGCAGUGUGUACGAUAGAGAGCGAAGGUGUACCUACGUCUGAAGAGUUGUGCUGACACGUUUUCGUCUCCCGUGCGGCGGGGGCUGCCCUUCGCAAGAAUCCGCGUCACGCAUGGCACCGCUCCGUGCCUGAGACGCCUUUUUCUCGGAGACAGAGAGAGCAAGAUCGUGCGCGGCCGGGGCCCAGCCUCUUCGCGUGCUUCGUCUCGUUUUGCCGUUUUCGAGCGCCGGAGAGACCGAGUCGCGAACGAGCCGACAGAAUGACCAGCCAAGAGACGUGCGAGCAAGGAAUUAGUAAUGUAGAAACUGAAUAUCUUGAGAUCAAUUCGAAAGGAGCCUGGGCGAUUCUCUAUCAGCAUAUACGUAAUGAAUGCAGCAAUUUUACAUACACAUGCAAUGAAUCAAAGAAGCCACAAAACAAAAAUUUGAAUCGUUACAGAGAUGUUUUACCAUAUGAUCAUAGUAGAAUUGUUCUUAAAAAAGGCCCAUGUGAUUAUAUCAAUGCUAAUCUCAUCCAGGUAGAUCAUGCCCGUAGACAAUAUAUUCUUACUCAAGGACCACUGGAAAAUACUGCUGGCCAUUUCUGGUUAAUGAUAUGGGAGCAAAAUUCUAAAGCUGUGUUAAUGUUAAAUAAAAUAAUCGAAAAGAAUCAUGUUAAGUGUUAUCAGUAUUGGCCUCUUGGCGAAUCCAUGAUUAAUACAAUGAUAUUUCCGGAUGUUGGUAUGAAAAUAAAAUAUAUCAGUAAAACAGAAUCAUCGGAUUAUACAACUAGAAUAUUAAAGUUAACUGAUUUGGAAACAAAAGAAAGUAGAGAAAUAUUACAUUUUCAUUAUACCACUUGGCCAGAUUUUGGUGUUCCACAAAGUCCUACAGCUUUUUUAAAUUUUUUAACAGAUGUUAGGCAAUCAGGAACAUUAGAUCAAAAUGUUGGCCCUCCUGUGGUACAUUGUUCUGCAGGAAUUGGAAGAUCGGGAACAUUUUGUUUAGUUGAUACCUGUCUUGUUUUGAUUGAAGAAAAUGGAUUGAAUUCAGUGAAUAUUAGAGAUAUAUUAAUAGAAAUGAGAAGAUCUAGAAUGGGUUUAAUUCAAACACCAGAUCAAUUAAGAUUUUCAUAUGCUGCUAUCAUUGAAGGAGCAAAACAAUUGCCAUCCAAUAACGUGAAUAUUAAUAAUGAAAUAGUGUCAAAUCAUUAUGAUGUGGUAAGUAAUAUUAGUAAUUCUUCAAAUGAAGAGGAAGAUGAACCACCUCCUUUGCCACCUCCAAGAGGUGAAUCCUUAACACGUAGCAUGAUGGCAGAUUUAACUUCGAAUACAAUAUCAAGAAAUGAUGAAUUAACUGGACCACCUGAUAAACCAUUGCCUAGAGAACCAUCAAUUCAAACAGAGACAUCCAUUACCAAUCUACAAACUGGUGUAAACUCUACAGUAAUCACAAACAAUAUACAUGAACAGAAUUCUGACGGUGUUGUAGUGCCUAAUGAUAAUGCCAGUGACGGUGAAAACUCUAUACAAACAAUUAGUCCUCCGUCCAGUCCAGAUAUGAAAAAUGAAAUACGUCAUCGUAAUAAAGAGAAGAAAGAACGCUUGGCAGCACAAGUACGAGAGAUGAAACGUCGUCAAAAAGAGACUGAAGAAUGGCAGAAGCUCAAGAGGUCAUUAUUUAAACCUCUUACAAUAGGCAUAGGCGCUGCAAUUGUUGGUGGGGGUAUUAUAGCAAUAUGUGGCUAUUUGUACAUGCGUGGUUAGGAUACAAUUGUUUUUCUGUCACACAUGUAUAUGGACAAUCGAGAUGUCAGUGAUAUUAGGUGAUUCGCACAUUCAAGAAUAGUUACUUUCACCAUGAAAUAUUUAAAAGUUCUAUUGCACGUGUCAUUAAUUGCCGUUUUGAAAAAAUAAUUAAUCAGGGAGAAGCAUUUAGUGUUAUAUAACUCGAAAUAAUAACACACGCAAUCGUUGUGAGACGUUGUAUCAAUAAGGAAUUAUCAAUUAAUUCAACAAAAUGAGGAACACAUACCAAUUAUCAAAGAAACGUAAAGAGAAGUAACUUAUUCUAAUGAAGUGCAUUUUAUAAAAGACAUUGUUGCACGAUAAAGAAGUGAAAGGAAAGAAGAAAAAAAGAUCAGAAAGUUAAUGAGAACGAAAUGAGAACGAAAGAAAAGGAAAAAACCUUCGAUUUGUAUUUUUAUAUUGUGAUUCACUCAAUGAAUAUGUAUAACAUACUAGAAGGUAUACAUUCUUUGAAAAAUCAUUUCGUUAGGUUUUAAAAGCUGCAUUUCACACUUGAUAGAUCUUUCCGUAUUCGUGUUUCCGGUAUUAGAAAUGGAAUAAGAAAUAUGUUGAGUUAGAUUUUUACUUCGUGACUAUUUUCUGCCUCAAAUAGGAGUAAAGAGUAUCUUUUUAAUUGUUUGAUAACUCUAAUCAUUAAAUGUGUAUCCUAUGUCCUAUGAAUUAGGAAGGAAGAAAAACACGUGUAAAGAUCUAAAACAAGUAAAUGUAUUCUUAUUCGCAUAUUGUAAUAAUUGUAGAUUCACGUAAAAUAGAUAGAUUAUACACAAUAUGGGUGCAUGAUAUUCCAAUAAGUAAAAUCGAUUUACUUUUUAAAAGUAAUAAUUAAUAAUAGAGGCAAUCAAAAGUAUUAAUUUCCUCUUUUUUUAUUUCUUACAAUUUUUAAAUAAAUUUAGAUUUCUUUAAUUUAAUUAAUUUUAUUACGAUCAAUUUUAACAAUUAGAGUUUAAAGAAUUUUCAAUUAUUAACCUUCUAUAUAAAUUAGAUUCAUUAAUAGCAAUUUAUCCAGAGUAUCAAAAUUAUUCAUUUAAAAUUUAUAAGUACCCAAUCAUCUUGCUAGAAUCUAAUUAUAUCGUAAUAGUCGUAGAGAAAUAUUAACGAACUUUGCAAUUAUAAUAUACUAUGUAAAUGUUUUUUUUAUGAAUAACUUACUCAUUAAAGUAAAGUCCAUUCAUCUAUAAAAUAUUCAUGACAAAAAGUGAAGUCAUAUUAAAAAUUAGCAUAAACUAUACCUGUGAAAUAUCAUGAUCCAUUCUUACAUGGCAGUUCAAUGUUUAUUUAGAGUCAUCGAUUUCGUUCGAAACUUGUUCCUGGGAUUAUAAGUAAAGAAAAAAAGAUAAAUUUUCUUGACUUUCUCUUUUUCUUGAAGAAACGCGUCAUUGAGAUAUUUCGUUUAACAUGGCAAAUUGUGCCUUCGAUAUUCUGUAUACUUCGUAAAAAUAAUUCACGCAAUUGCGUAAAAUGUUCGUAAUCGUUUGUAACAUGAAUCAUUUUGUACUUGAAGUAGUCGAGGAAAUUUUUUACAUAAAAACACACAUCUGGUAUACGGAAAAUCGACAAUUAAUAAAUUUCGUGUGAUACCGAAAUAAUUAGCAGCGACGUAAGAAUAUUUCGACUAACGAAACUUGCUACGGUGCUUAUCAUGUGCUAUUUUGAAAUAUUUUUGUGUUUUUCAUUUCAUGUGAUGAAACUAUCGAUAUAGUGGGUGCCAAAUAAUGAAAAGCCAACAAAAAUUUUGUACAUAGAAAUAUCUGAUAUUCUUAUGAAUCAGUUUUUGAUAUCCAUACAUUUAAUAUAUACAUCAAUGUAAACUAUCGAAAUAAUAUCUGAUACUUGAUCGACUAAUUUUAAAAAUUAAUCAUUUAUUCUUAUGUAUAUAUUCGAAAGAUUCUUAUGUAUAUAUUCAAAGUAAAAAAAAAAAUUACUGUAAACGAUCCAUUUAAUCAAAAAAUAUUGAUUGUCAAAAAUUGAUACUUUCUUUUAUAUUAUCAAAACUAAUAUCAAAAACUGAUUCGAUCGGAAUAUAUUUGAAAUAACGAACCGUAUCAUGGUUGCGUUAGUGAAUUUUAUUUAUACACUUUUAACCCCUUAUUGAAACGUUUCUCUCGCAUUUUAUUCAUAUCGAGUAUUUGAAUCUUAAAAUAUUUAAACUUUAAUAAUUUUAAUUAAAAAAAAAAAAAAAAAAAAAAGGAAAGAAGAAGAAGAAACAGGGGGUUAAAAGAAACGCAUCUUUCUAAAACACGAAUUCUAACUGAUUUGCUCAAUGAUAAACCGUUUAAAGUACAUUGAGCGUCGCGGAAAGACUGAGUACGUCUAAUUGCUUCUAAGUGGAGAGGAAGUUUUUAAAAAAAUGAAAAAAAAAAAAAGAAAUGAAAACGAAGAAAUGAGUACGAAACAUGUUUAGAAAAAGAAAAAAAAAAACCGUACUCUUAAACUGAGCUUCUAUAUAAGUGGUCACGAUCAUUCUUCAACUGCAGAAGAGUUACAGGAUCGUGUUCUAAGAUUAAAAAAAAAAAAAAAAAAAAAAAAAAAAGGAAGGGGAAAGAAGUUGAAACAAGAGGCAAAGGUAUAAAUUAAUUGCUCUCGAUUCAUCCUCUUUCCCAGAAAGAAAGCACGCGUGAACAAACGUAUUUUGUACUUUUGUAUUACGUCGGUAAUCGUAAGAUGUUUGGAAUACGAUCCCUGUGUGAAAAAAUUAUUUUCAAAUACGCGUUUACAUUCACCGUUUAUGCGUUUAAGUGUUCGUUAACGAUAAUACAUCGAACAUAUAGUCUUAUAUUAUCUGUAGAGAUGUCAUCAUGUUCCAUUUGAAGCAAUGUUAAAAAAAAAAAAAACAUGUUCAAAGUUGAAUACAGUAUUCUGUCGUCGGUAUAGUUCAUCUAUGUGUAUGCACCAUUGUAUAUCUUGUUACCUGAUUUUCGUCUAGAGUAUAUUCGUACGUUUAUAUUACCGUUAGGGAGAUGUGUAAACCCAGACGCGUUUUCUUUCUUCUCUUUAACGAUAUUUAAAACACGCUCGAAUGACAUAACCUUCAUAGGGUACGAGAAUGGUGCGAAAACAGCUUUCUCAAAGCAAGGAGAACGGCACGUGUGUCAGCCUUUGUUUAAAACGAUUACGAUCGGACGUGAGAUAUGUUAGUGGUGUUCCUAGAGGAAUGAUAAAUUUUAAUAUUUUUUUUUAUAUUUUUUUUUCUUUUCUUUUUUUUUAGAAACACGGUGAACGCGAUCAUUAAAGUCACAGUGAAAGUGUUCGACUCUUGUAAUUAAAACUGUUUAAAGCUUCUAAGUGUUGGUCAAAUGUAUACUUUUGGAAGAUAAUUUUCGGAUGUGGAUCACCGUCAUAAAAAAGGUCUGAAAAUAAUAACAAAAAAUUUUAUUGUUUUUAAAUAGUAAUAUUACUUUCUAGAUUUCUCUGUAAUUUUUGUUCAAUAAAUAUUGAAAUAUUCGAGAUAUAUCGUGAUAUCGCGAUAAUUAAAAAUGUUAAUAACUCGAAUUUCAAUAUAAUUUAAACAAAUAAAAUGAGAGAAAACACGAGGAAGCUUGUAACAGUUACGACCGACGAGUUAAUCAAAAAAUGAAAUUCAUUUGAAGCUAAUUUAAUGUAUUUCGUCAUUAAUCUCUUGCCUUAAAAUGACUUAUCGUCAAAUUUAUGGUACUCUAAAAUUAUUAAUAAUUCUAAAUAUCUGUCGCCAUUUUUUUUUUCACUUUUGACUUCUCGUAUUAAACUGGCGUCUCUCGAUGAAAUUAAUAAGGCAAGAAAUUAACGAUUAACCGUGUUUCGCGCGUUCAUUCGGAAAUUUCAUCGAAUCAUCAUCGUUGUACGUAAGAUCAUCGAAAAAAAAAAAAAAGUUAGGCUAACAUUCGUCUGAUUCCCUUGUUCUCGUUAAUCGUGGAAAGCUUAUCGAAAAAAAAUUCUCGAAGAGCGUGUGAGAGUGUGAGAGCGUAUGCGUGAGAGAGAAACGAGGAACGAGAAAGAAACGUAUUCUCGAGAAACUAAAAUCCACGAAAGACACGGUGCUAAUUAAAGUUCCAAAAAAAAAAAAAAAAAAAAAAAAGAAAAAGAAAAACAAAAAGAAAUAAAAGAAGAAAGGGGAAAAAAGGAAAGGAAAGAAAAGAAAAAGGAGGAAGUAUUGACACGCCUUGGCGCGAAUACUUCAUGCAUGAGAGAGAGAGAGAGAGCAUGAACGUUGAAAUAUUGAAUAUUGGGUAUGAAGGGAUACGAGAGUGAAAAAGAUGAAAUAUUACGAUCGACGGUCGUGAGAUUUCAUACGGACGUACAUUUAUCCUUACAUUUCGCCUCUAGAAAAAAAUAAUAUAACGAGAGAGAAACGAAAAGAGUCACAAAAACGUCUUUGAAAAAGAUAUUUCGUCGAUCAUCGAGAAAAAAAAUAUAUUAUAUAAGAAUCAGAUAAUCAAAUUCGAAGAGGAAGAAUUAAAAAAAAAAAAAAAAAAAAAAAAUAAUGAGANUGAGAAAAAAAAUGUAAAAAAAAACGAAGAGGGGAUUUUCUUCUCGUAAAUUGCAAAAAUUUCAGUUUUUCUCCAUUCAUAUAAUAAUAAAUCUCUCCAUCGUAUAUACAAUAGACGUAAAUGUUACUGACGCUAAAAGGAAAUCGCAGAAACAUAGCCAAGUGCCUAUUCGAGUACGAAAGGGAAGAAAAAGGAGCCAAUAGCGAGAAUACGAUCGGUAGUAGCAUUUGAUAUUUACGACUUACUUGUUAUGCAUACCCCUCGCCUUUCUGGAACAGCGCAGAUAUCGCAGCAAAUGAAUCCUUUACUAUUCCGACAAUAUGCAUAUACUUAAACAUUAUUAUAUAUUAGAUAUAUAUAUAUAUAUAUAACAUGUAUGUACAUUUAGAAAUAGAUAGCCGUUCUAGUAAAUCUAUUGUCAUUGCGACUGUUGAACAAUCGAGCCACGAGAUUUUAAAAUUAAUCUCGAUAGAAGAGAUUAUAAAUAUUAAAUUAUUUAUCCCCCUAGCAGUAUUUAAAGAAGAAGAAGAAGAAGAAGAAGAAGAAUUUUUCCUUUUAAUCCUUGGUAUAUUGAAUAUUUGGGUUUUCGUUCAAGGGACUCGCAAAGCAAAUAUACAUUUCUAUACACACGACUCGUCUAUACAUUCGUAUAAUAACAACAACAUUUGAUAUCGAUAUAUUUAUAUUUCUCACGAAUAUCAAUAUCGAAACAAAAUUUCAUGUAAAUACGUAUAUUCGUACGAACUUGGAAAGAAAGAAAUAAUAUCGACGGUGGGGACAGUCCAGAAAAUGUUAAAACUAAAUGUUAAAAAAUGAAUGUGGAGUCGGAAUAAUAAUGAUAAUAAUGAUAAUGAUAAUAAUAAUAACAACGGAAUUUAUAUUUUAAAUAAAUAACGUUUAUAGAGUGUUACUUGCUUAAAAGUAUUUUUGUCAAGUUUUACGGGAACAUUGUUAUAGCAAAAUGUAUGAUAUAAACUAAUACAAUAACUAAAACGAAACACCAAGAGUCUCUUAAUGAAAAAGUGUUGAUCAACGUGCCCUGGUAUACUAAGGAUUAAGGAAUAUUAAGUAGAAAGUUAUAUAGAAUAGAAAAAGAAUUUUUUUUAUAUUAUAUAUAAUAUAUUUAGUGUUUAUAAUAUAAAAUCACCCAAUGUAAUUGAACAACAAAGAAAAGAAAAACUAUCCUUGUAGCUCGAUCAAAUCUGUUUAACAGUCAAAUUAUUUAAAACUAAGAAUCAAGUUGUGAGAAAUGAAGCAAGCAAACGAACGAACGAACUAAUUAAAAAAAAAAAAAAAAAAAAAAAA